CCGCAGCUUAACUUUGAACGACAACAACAUCCAAGUCGAAGCUUCCUUUACCUUUACUUUGUUGUGCCUUGGUGGACUUUACUUUACGUUCUCUACGCGCCUAUCUUUAUCGCACCAUUUCCUAAUAUUAGCCGCUUACACCAUCACUCUCGCCCAUCGCUCAUCAAAAACAUACAUACCAUAAAACACUAUGGCGGACGCGACUCAGCCCGAGGCAACAAACGGCGUGCUUCCCGCUCCAGAUGCUGCUGGAGAUCUGGUAGCUGCAAUUACACAAUCAGAGACAGUAUCAGCAGACGAGAUCGCUCUCUACGAUCGUCAGAUCCGCCUGUGGGGUCUUGAGGCUCAAAAUCGCAUUCGCAAUGCCAAUAUCCUCCUUGUCUCGAUCAAAGCCUUCGCCAACGAAAUUGCCAAAAAUCUGGUGCUGGCCGGGAUAGCCUCCAUUACACUUGCUGACCAUGAAUCGGUCACUGAAGAUGAUCUGGGUGCGCAAUUCUUCGUGAACGAGACCGACGUAGGCAAAAACCGUGCCGAAGCCGCGGCUCCUGAAGUGCGCAAACUAAAUCCGCGCGUCGACGUCAAGGUCAUCACCACCAAUGUGACCUCGGAGCAGAGCGAGUCGUUUUACAAGGCCUUCGACAUCAUCAUAGCAACGGAUCUCGACUUCCUCUCCUUCGCUGCCCUCGACGCGGGCGCACGGAUUGCGAACCGCCCUUUCUACGCAGGCGCCACGCACGGCAUGUACGGCUACAUCUUUGCGGAUCUAGGCACGCACGACUUCAACAUCGAGCGCGCAAAGUCCAACCGACCCACCGUAAAAGCCCCCGAGUCCGCAACACGCUCCAUCGUAGACUUUACAGACAAAAUCUCCAGUGACGGCAAAAAGAUCGAGCUGGUCACCAAGCGAGAGCUCUACACACCCCUCCUCCUCGUCAAUACCUCACCCCUCGACCCUGUCAUGCAAAAGGACCCUCGCAAGCUUAAGAAAGUGCACCCCCUCCUUACCUGCGUUCGCACGCUCUGGGACUUUCAACGCAACGGCAACGGCAUACUCCCCACACACACCCCCGCAGAUCUCCAACUCUUCACCACCCUCGCCAUGCAGAAACACAAGGAGCUCAAACUACCUCCUGCGACUCUGACGGGCGACUUCCUCAAGUCUUUCCUCGCGAAUCUCGGCAGUGAAGUCUCCCCCGUAACAGCGUAUCUAGGUGGCCAGCUCGCACAAGACGUCAUCAACGUCCUUGGGAAACGUGAACAGCCUAUCCAGAACUUGAUGCUGUUUGAUGGCGAGGAGUGUUCAGGGCCAGUGUACGCGCUGCAUCCCAUCUUCCCGGACAAUCCUAUCCCUGCGAUGGCAGUUGUGCCGCCACCGCCGAGCGACGCGCAGGUUGUAGUUCUCUGA